AUGUCACAGCAGCUGCCUUAUAAAUUAACAUUGAAAAUCCCGUUUGAUUCGGAACCCCAUGCCAAUGUUGUUCUUCAGAGCUUGCUUCCUGAUAAAGAACUACGACCGGACCAAGUGACUCGUAUACUAAGUCUGGAAGGCCCCAUUCUUGUAGCCGACUAUUCAGCAGCUUCAGAUCGAGUACUUCGUGUUACCAUUAAUGCUUUACUUGACUCAGUGGCCAUGCUUGUUGAAGCCAUUGACGGACUUGAAGAUAUAUGA